AUGCUCGCCCUCGAGCCUGAGUCUUGGGUAUGGUACGCCUUGUCAUGGGUGAUUGUCCUGAUCCGGAUGGCCUCGCGAAAGCUUGUGCUUGGGUCAUGGAGGAAGCUGCAGAUUGAUGACUAUCUAAUGCUCGUCGCUAUGGCCACCGAUACCGUGCUCAUUGUGUCUAUGAACAUUGUUGCUAGAACGUCGAGUAACCUGAUUGACCCCAGUUUGCAUGAGGAACUCACGCCGGAGAACAUCGCCGAACGAGUCUAUGGAUCCAAGAUGGUUUUGGUCGUGGAGCAGAUGCAAUGUGUGACUAUUUGGAUGAUCAAGGCGUGCAUCUUGCUCAUGUACCACCGAUUGACGAUGAGUUUGAAACAGAAUCUGGCUGUCAAGAUCGUGGCCGGAUACACUCUUGGAUCCUUUAUACUGAUGGAGAUUCUCUACCUGGGAGUCUGGUGCCGACCAUUCACAGAGUACUGGGCUGUUCCACCUGCAAGCACCCAAUGUUCGGCUGCGACAAACCAUCUGAUUACCAAUGCCGUUUUCAACCUUUCGUCCGAUAUCAUGAUCAUCUUGAUCCCCAUGCCCGUGUUCCUGAAGUCGACUCUUGGUAUCAAAAAGAAGGCUGUUCUUUGCGGUAUCUUCGCUGUUGGACUUUUCACGAUCUUGUCCGCCAUCCUCAGCAAAUACUACAGUUUCAACCAGCCCUUCGGCGUCGACUGGACCUACUGGUACAUCCGCGAGUCCUCCACCGCUAUCAUCACGGCCAACCUGCCCCUCACCUGGUCGCUCCUCCAGAAGUGCUUCGGCCUCAAGUCCUUCAAGGACUACUCGAACCCCUACUCGAACCAGAACACCAACUCCCGCUUCCGGUCGACCACGUACGGCCGGCAGAGCACCAAGCGCGGCGGCACGCGAUCCGCCAGCCAGGAGCGCAUCACCAACGUGCCCCUCAAGAUCUACCAGAAGCGCGAGGUGCAGGUCACCAACGCGCCCGUGAGCCCGACGCGCAUAGAGUCCUCGGAGGAGUCCCUGCCCCUCCCCGACCAGCUGAGGACGACGGUGCACGUGAGGGGCGGCAACGCGAGCUCGCAUAAUGAGGAGACGGCCUCGGAGAGGUUGUCGGAUUGA